CCGCUUUCCUGCACCGAGGCAGUCUGGGAUUUGUAGUUUUUCCCUGCCUACUCCGAGCGCCAGACGCGAAUGCUCGGGUGCGCCUUUUCAGCGCAUCAUCGCGGAAAUCUAAGCCUCGCUAUUCGUUUGCUGCAGCCUUUCCACAGGCUCGGCCGUGCCCUGCCGCCUCACCUUGCUCUCUUGUCAAGCAGCCCCGGCUGUAGAGCGGCGAAGAAAAAGAUGCUAGUGGCGGCUGCAGCGGAUAGGAACAAAGGUCCUAUACUGGAAGUGCUACAGCAGUACGUGGACCCUGCGGCCCCCAAGGUGCGAGCUUUGGAGGUGGCAUCCGGUACCGGACAACACUGCGCACAUUUCGCACAGGCACUGCCCAACCUACACCUGGUCCCCUCAGAGCUGGACCCGCACAGCCGGCAGAGUAUUUCAGCGUAUAUCUCCCAUUGGUCGCUCAGUAAUGUGGAGCAGCCCCGGACUCUCGAUUCCUCCAAAAGCUGGGAGACUUGGGGAUUUAGUCCCAAUUCACUGCACCUCAUUAUCUGCAUCAAUAUGAUCCAUAUCACUGAGCCUAGCUGCACACAGGGUCUUUUUAAAGGAGCAGGACACCUCUUGAUGCCUGGAGGUGUAUUAUUCACUUAUGGGCCAUACUCAGUGAAUGGAAUCCUCACCCCACAGAGCAAUGUGGAUUUUAACAUCAGUCUGAAAAGGAGAAACCCUGCCUGGGGAAUCUGGGAUACAUCUGAUCUUCAAAACCUAGCAACAACCUGCGGGAUGUCACUGGAGAGGAUGGUGGAUAUGCCGGCCAAUAAUAAAUGUCUGAUCUUCCGAAAGAAGUGACCCCUGGCCUGCUGUGGCUCAUUGUGCCAAAGUGAACAUCAUUUGUGUUAGCAACUGUAAGGCCCAAACAAGUUUUCUUGUUUGUAUGAAUCAUUUAUGUACGGAAACUGUGUUUGCAAGAAAGAAAUAUAUACAGAGGGGUAUAA